GCGUCAGCUGAUAUCGGCUGAGCUGUGGCAGCGGCGGCGGCGGCGAUGGAGUUCCUCUUGGGCAACCCUUUCAGCUCCCCUGUGGGCCAGCGUGUCGAAAAAGCUACUGAUGGCUCCCUGCAAGGCGAAGACUGGGCCCUCAACAUGGAGAUCUGUGACAUCAUUAAUGAGACAGAGGAAGGGCCCAAAGAUGCCUUUCGAGCCAUAAAGAAAAGGAUCGUGGGGAAUAAGAACUUCCACGAGGUGAUGCUGGCUUUGACAGUCCUUGAAACAUGCGUCAAAAACUGUGGCCACCGUUUCCAUGUGCUGGUUUCUAGCCAGGACUUUGUAGAAGGCGUGCUGGUCCGAACCAUCCUCCCAAAAAACAAUCCUCCUGCCAUUGUGCAUGACAAAGUGCUGACCCUCAUACAGUCCUGGGCAGACGCCUUCCGCAGCUCACCCGACCUGACAGGAGUGGUAGCUGUAUAUGAGGACCUGAGGAGAAAAGGUCUAGAGUUUCCCAUGACUGACCUGGAUAUGCUGUCACCCAUCCAUACACCACAGAGGACUGUGUAUACCUCAGAUUCCCCACCAGGGCAGAACUCGCCAGCGGUGGAUUCCUCUCAGACAGUAGAGUCUAUCCUGCACCCUGUGUCCCUGCCAGGAGCUCCAGGGACUUCAGCCGAGGCUCCCAUUACACCUACUCCAGAGCAGAUUGGGAAGCUACGCAGCGAGCUGGAAGUGGUGAACGGGAACGUGAAGGUGAUGUCAGAGAUGCUGACGGAACUGGUGCCGGGACAGGCUGAAACCUCUGACCUUGAACUGCUCCAGGAACUGAACCGGACGUGCAAAGCGAUGCAGCAGCGUGUUCUGGAGCUGAUCCCCCGUAUCCUCAAUGAACAGCUAACAGAGGAGCUGCUCAUUGUCAAUGACAACCUCAACAACGUUUUCCUGCGCCAUGAACGGUUCGAACGGAUCCGAUCAGGACAGCCAGCUAAGCAACACAACAAUGCAGAAAAUGCAAGCAGUUUGAUUGACGUGGGGCCUGGUGCCACACUAGCAGGGAAUGAGUCUGAAGCCCCCAACUCUCUCUCGUCUCAGCUUGCAGGAAUGAAUCUGGGUGCUGGCAGCGUCAGCGCAGGGCUGCAAUCGCUUGAUCAUUCUGGCAAACUGGAAGAAGAGUUUGACAUGUUUGCCCUGACCCGUGGCAGCUCCUUGGCCGAGCAACGCAAAGAGGUGAAGUAUGAAGACCCUCUGGCAACCAAAGGACUAGCUGGAGCCCUGGAUGCCAGGCAGCAGAAUACAGGAGCGAUUCCCGUCCCCCAAGCCUCCCUCAUGGAAGAUAUUGAGCAGUGGCUCGGCGCUGAUGCGGCUGAGGAUCCGAAAGGCGUCACCAGCGAAGAGUUUGACAAGUUCCUGGAAGAGCGAGCAAAGGUGGCUGACCAGCUGCCCCUGCUUCCCAGUCCCCCGGCUGGGGUUCCUUCCCCUCCAACCAGCUCCGGCCCUCACCGGAAGAAAGAGAAGGAAGACGACACGAUGUUCGCUUUAUAGCCGUCCUACAGACUGGUGUGCUGUGGCUGCAAGAGGACCUGUGUGCUGCACUGCUCUCCUCCUCCACGGGGGGGGAGGGGGGCAAGAGAGGAGUGGGU